CCGAAUUUCUUGUAGAAAAAAUUGAUUUAAUUUUAGAAGAAGUUGGGCAUAAUAGAUUUACAGCAAUUGUUAUAGACAAUGCAAGUAACAUGAAGCUUACACAGCAAACUAUCUAUGAAAAAUAUCCCAAAAUAUUAAACUUAAACUGUAUUGCUUAUUGUAUCAAUCUUGUGUCUAAAGAUAUUUUAAGUAUUUAUUAA